UCUUGCUUUUGUUUAUCACACAAGUUUUUAAUUUUUCCUCUUCUUCAUCUCAUCUCUCUCUCUCUCGCACAGAAAGUGUUGUACUGUUUUCUCUAAAUCACUAUAUGCUUCAACAGUUACUCCACAUUCAUCAUACUUGAGAAUGUCUGAAUCCGUAGCAGCAGAGCAUGAUUACAUAGGUUUGUCCAUGGAAGCAUCACAAAUGUCUGACAACAAAACCAAAACCAGAGACAACAACAACAACAAAAACGACGACGUUCUGAAUUUCAAAGCAACCGAGUUAAGACUCGGUUUACCCGGUUCUGAGUCACCGGAGCGAGUUGACCAGCGGUUCUUGCCUCUCAAGAGCUCAUGUCCAGUGUCAGGUGCCAAAAGGGUGUUUUCCGACGCCAUUAACGGGUCUACCAAAUGGGUCUUCUCUCCUGGAUCCGCUACUGAUGUCAAAGACAUUAAACCGGCAGUUCCGGUUAAGGAGAAGAAGAGCUCUGCUGCAGCAGCACCUCCAGCUUCCAAGGCACAAGUUGUGGGUUGGCCACCGAUUAGAUCAUUCAGGAAGAACACAAUGGCUUCUUCUCAAUCUCAGAAACAAGGUGGUGGUGAUAAUAAUAACUCAGAGACUGAUGGAGAAGCAAAGUCUGGAGCUGAGCCUUGCUUGUAUGUUAAAGUGAGCAUGGAAGGUGCUCCUUACUUGAGGAAAAUCGAUCUCAAGACUUACAAGAGCUACGUUGAGCUCUCUUCUGCUCUUGAGGAGAUGUUCAGCUGCUUCACUAUUGGUCAGUUUGGGUCUCACGGAGGGUGUGGCCGAGAUGGGUUAAACGAGAGUCGCUUGACCGAUCUCUUGCGUGGUUCUGAGUAUGUUGUUACCUAUGAAGACAAAGACAGUGACUGGAUGUUGGUUGGUGAUGUCCCUUGGGAAAUGUUUAUAUGCUCCUGCAAGAAGCUGAGGAUCAUGAAGAGCUCUGAGGCUAUAGGCUUAGCUCCAAGGGUGAUGGAGAAAUGCAGAAGCCGGAACUAGUAAAUGUGAUGAUAAAAUGAUAUGGAAGAAAGAAAAAGAUGUUAUUAAGAAAUGUAAUAGCCAUUUUGUUUUCUAAGUAUUCUCAGUGUGUUUUGUGUGCUUAAGAGUGAUGAUGUUUGAUCUUUCUUGAAACAGCCUCUACUAAGUUCUAAUAAGGCCUCUCCCUAUGUCUCCAAUCCAUCAAAUGGGUUUUGUGUAUGUGUGUUUUUGCUAAGUAAGACUUCAUAACUCAUAUGUAUAAAAAGUUUGUUAGUGUGUAAA